AUGAAAAGAUAUCAUAGGAUCAAUCUCAUUGGGUAAGGCAGCUUUGGAAAGGUAUACAAAGUGAAAAAUCAAGCUAAUGAAUUGAGAGCCUUGAAGAUAAUUGCUAAGAAGGAUUUCACAGAUCAGAAUGAGAUUGAGAAUAUGAAAAAGUUAGAUCAUCCCAAUAUUAUGGCUGUUUAUGAGAUAGCUUCGGAUGAAAAUUGUUAUUACAUUGUAAGUCAGCUAUGCGAAGGGAUUGAAUUAUUCGAUGAGAUCCACAAAAGAAUAAAAUAACAUCAAGUCUUUUCUGAAGAAGAAGUCAGAUACAUCUUCAAGUAGAUUUUGAGUGCUAUUGCAUAUGCUCAUGAGAAAAAUAUCAUGCAUCGUGAUAUCAAGCCAGAAAACAUACUCAUCGAUCCAACUGAUUAACAUAUAAAAAUUAUAGAUUGGGGAUUAAGCAAAGACAUGACCAAUAUUGUAUCAAUCAAAUAGAAAAUAGGAACUAUUGAUUAUGCAGCUCCAGAAGUUCUUUUAGAAAAAGAGUAUGAUCAGAAAUGUGAUCUCUGGUCUUGCGGUGUUAUUUUAUAUAUUCUACUCUCUGGUGAAGUCCCUUUUCCAGGAGAAAACACAGGCGAAAUAGAGAAGAAGAUUGUUUCUUCUAAAAUCAAUCUGAAAUAGAAAAUUUGGAAGACCAUUUCGGAUGAUGCUCAGAAUUUAUUAAUAAACUUAUUAGAACCUGAUCCCGCAAAAAGAUUUAGUGCCUAAUAAGCAUUGUAAAGUGAGUGGAUUCAAAAGUAGAGUAAGUCAGUUACAAAAGAAAUAUGUUCUUAAGAAAUGUAAUAUAGACUUUAAAAAUUGUCCAGGUUUUGUUGUGAGAGUAAGAUGGUCUAAGCUACCUUUCAUCUAAUGAUCUAAUAAAAUCUGACUCAAGAAAAGUAUAAGUAGUUGAGGUAAACCUUUUAGGAACUCGAUAAGAAUGGUGAUGGAAAAUUAAGCAUGGAAGAAUUAAAAGCAUACUGCAAUGAUGAUAUCGACGUCGAGGAUUUAUUCAACAGAGUAGACACCGAUAAAAAUGGGUAUAUUGAAUUUACAGAAUUCUUGACAGCUGCAGUAGACAUGAAAAAAUUGGCAUCUCAUGAUUAACUCAAAGAAGCAUUCAAUUUGUUGGAUCAAAAUGGAGAUGGGUUUUUGGAAAUUGAUGAGAUUAAAAAAAUUUUUAAUUGCAAAAUCUAAGUCCAAGAUGAAAAUUAAUGGGAUCAAUUACUCUAAGAAAUGGACAAGAAUAGUGAUGGCAAAAUUUCAUUGGAAGAAUAUUAAGAAGCCAUCUCUAAAUUUAUUGACAACAAUCAACCAUCAUCAAAUUUAGCUAGCCAAAAUCCAAAUCCUGAACCAGAACCAAAUAUCACAAAAAAAGUUAAGAUAACUGAGUCCACUUACUAGUUAAGGAAUAGGUAAAUUAAUUGA